AUGCUAGAACUGGCAGGUGAUUCGGGAAGAAAAGGCAAUAAAGGAGUGAGUGGGUCGAAGAGAAGAAGAAGAAAGAGGUUGGAGGAGGUAGAAACCAUGAAUGAAGAUGAGACUCAUCAGAAGCCAAAAGAUGUCGUCCAUGUCCGAGCCAAGAGAGGUCAAGCUACCGAAAGCCACAGUUUGGCUGAAAGGGUACGAAGAGAGAAGAUUAAUGAAAGGCUGAAAUGCUUACAAGACCUUGUUCCAGGCUGCUACAAGACAAUGGGAAUGGCAGUGAUGCUUGAUGUCAUCAUAGAUUAUGUUCGAUCACUCCAGAAUCAAAUCGAGUUUUUGUCGACGAAACUCUCUGCGGCAAGUGCUUACUACGACCUUAAUUCUUUGGACGUUGCGCCAACGGAUAUAUUUCAGGAAGGGAACAUGUCUAGUGCAGAAGAGAUGGAAAGGAUUCUAAUUGGGACUCAGCCUCCAAAUUUCAGUUCCAUAUUGCCCUUUUAA